AUGUCCAACGUGCACCUCUCGAGCGCCUCGGCUUUGGAGCGCCUGGCGGCUCGGCGGACUUUCCCGCUGCACGCUCGCACCGGGGUGUGCAGGAACCUCUUUGGCCCCGUGGAUCACGACGAGCUGAACCGGGACCUGAAGAGCAAGCUGCGGGAGAUCUGCGAGGACGGCCAGAAGCGCUGGGACUACAACUUCCAGAGCGACACGCCGCUGGGCGGCCCGGGCAGGCUGCAGUGGGAAGAGGUGGACGGAGGCGCCGUGCCCGCUUUCUACCGGGAGACGCUGCAGGUCGGCAAGUGCCGCUUCCCGGUGCUGGUGAUCCGCUCCAAGGCGCCUCCGCCUCCAGCGGGAAGCGCCGAGGCGCCUCCGGAGGCCGAUCCCCAGGGGACGGGGGUGUCCUCGGCCCCCUCCCCGCUCAGCUCUCCGGGCAAGACGGCCCCCUUGGAAAGCACUAGGUCGGCGGGCGAGGAGCGCCUCAACCAGGAGAACCGGGCCGCUCAGCUCCACAGCUACUCAGGGAUUAUAAUCAAGCCUGUCCCGUGCGCCGCGGCGGCGCUGAAAAGGGCGUCGUCGGCCAGUGUAGCGCACAUCACAGGUAAGCAGCGCCGCCGUCGGAUUGGGUUGCACUUGUGCCUGUUUUUUGGGGGGGUUGCUUCCACUUUGCCCCUCCCAGCCCGAGUUAUGGGGGCGCCCCACCCCUUCCUCAUCUGCGCGGCGUCUUAAAACGUUGCCCGGAGGCGCUGCCUCUGCUUAAAAUUCCGCGCAGGUACCCGGGGGUUGGUGGAGCGGGGAAGGAAAAUGCUUACGCAGCACAUCGCGGCGGCGGCGGCGGCGGCUGCCUCCCCUUUGCGACGUAAACAAACCCCAGCAGCUGCGGCGCCCGCCGCUUGCCGACAGGGGGAGCCCAGAGCCAGGCGCUCCGUGGCGGCGCCCGGGCGAGCCAAGCAGGGCGGGUCCCUGGUGUGCAACGCGAUUGUUUUUCUCCCGUUCCUGACCGAGGGUGGGGUGUGUCCCUUUCCAGCUCGAAGCUCUUGGCUCGAGUGACCCCCCAAAAAAUAACACACACGCACAGAAUCCCUGCUAAUCCCUCCCCUCCCUCUUUCUCCUGGGUCUGAUCCGCAGAUUUCUUCGCCAAGCGGAAAAGAGUCGUAGACUCGAAAGUAUCCGGGGAUCAUCCCAGCGCCUUGCCAGCUUCGGUCUCUGCUGUCCCCGCCGAGCAGACCCCCCGGAAAAGGCUCCGAUGAACGAGGUGAGCGAGCGAUGGGUGCACGUCAAGAUCGGCUAUUUUUUAAUACUUAGAAACGGGCGCAAGUUUUUUUUGGGAGGGAGGGGGGUUUCGAUCGGCCUUGGGAAGCAGCUCGCCCCUCCUGCUCCGCCCUGCCUCUCGGAGAGGGGCGACCUCUCGUGCGUGACUGGUUGUUUGCAGAACAGUUGGGGCCGCUGCCAAAACUUGGCGGGGAUUGCAAGGGAAUGGGAAGGUAGCGGAGGCUUGCAAAAGGAGCCUCUCCUGACUGGUCAGUUGGGUGUGUUCCCCAUUCUUCUCCUCCGGGCCCCCGACCUGGAGUAACUUCCUGAUGGUCAGAUAUUGCAUGGGGCUUGCUUGCUUUUUCUUUCUUUUUUUUAAGCCAUUCCGCCCCCUCCUCCACCGCUUUUGCUGACUCAUCAGUUGCUCCUCGGGGGAGGGGAGAGCGAGGAGGAGGGGGCGGGCGGGGGAGACUCUUUGUAUCGGCCAACAACUCCGUCCAGUUGCGACGUCGCCCGGGAGUCCUCUGUGCAAGUUUGUGCUAUGUAUGCGUUUGCUCUUCUCUUACAGAUUUUGCACUACAACACCGAAGUGAUUGUUUCCUUGGAAACACAAGAGCUUGAGAGGCCCUUCCUCCUCCACACGUUAAAAGGGACUGGCAAGAGAGACCCAGAGUAG